AUGAACUCCGUGCAGCUAUGCUACAUCACCACCGUUGCCUCGGAUGCGACGUAUUUUGAGGACGAGUGGAAGGGUGAGUCGGCCGGCGGCAACCCCACCAGCGUGUCGUGGCGCAAAAAUCCCCUUUAUUUUGUGUGCAACAGCGGUAGUACCGCUCUCGAGGUGGUGGUGAUCAUUAAACAGGAGGACCAGCGCCGUUUCAUGUCCCUAACUGAGAUGACAAAGUAUCUCCAGUGUGGCAUGGUGCUCAUCCACUACUCGUACGCCAACCCGAUCCCCACCUUCUGGGUCACGGGCAACAACCACAAGCCCAUCCACAAGAGCCUCUUCCUCAACUCGCGUGAGGUGGCCAAUACCAUGACGAUUCCCCCCAACUCGUUGUGUUAUCUUGUCCCCUCCUGCAUGCACAAGGGUGUUGAUGGACCCUUCUCUCUCGCCCUAUACCGCAUGAAGGAUGUCGACUACAGCGACUUGACCAUCACGAAGCUGGCCAUUCCGAGCAUGAACUGGUCCAGCCCCGCUACCAAGAAUGUGGAGCUGUGCCAGAAGGAGAAGGACCGGGUCGACUUCUACGUUGAUGAAGCCACCGAUGUACACAUCCUUCUCCACCAAACAAAGCCCUACGUCAGCAAGUCGGGCGGCGACGCCAUGACGGAGGAUUACAUGGGUAUGUACCUCUACGACGACACGGACCGCAGGGUUGCGGGCGUGCACGCCGCGACGAACUUUCGUGAAAUGAGCGUCAUCCACCGCCUUCCUCGGAGUGGUCGGUAUGCCAUCUCGAUCACGUGCCCGCGUGCGAAGAGCGACGUGCCGGCCUACAUUACCAUUAUUGGGUCGCACGCGUCGAACGUGCGCAUUGUCGACCCGCCUGAGGACGCCACGAUGUUUGACGAUGAGGACAUCAUCGACGAAGGCGAAGACGCUGCGCUGGAGCACAACCCGGUCGACUACACCCCCGUCGUGUUCGAUGCCGCGCGCCACGGCGAGCAGGUGGAAAGCGACUCGCCUUUUGAGGACAAGCGCUUCUACAUGGACAACCGCGGCGCGACCAGCGAUCCGUGGGUGCACAUCGGCGACCUGUACCCUGAAGGCAAGACCGUGCCGCUGUUGCCGAACGAGCUGAGGCGGGACCAGUUCGGGCAGGGCGACCACUACGACUGCAGUACGCUGACGGCGUUCGCGGCACUGCUGGAACGCCACCCCGACGUGAUCCGCAACUGCUUCGUCUCGAAGAACCCGCGCAAGGACGGCCGCUACACGUUCCAGUUCCACCGCUACGGGCAGUGGGUGAAGGUGGAGAUCGACGACCGCAUUCCGAUGGUGAAGGACGACACGGUGUUUUGCCGCUCGCCGACCCACCACUGGUGGCCGCUGCUGCUGGAGAAGGCGUACGCGAAGUUCUACACGCUGUAUGAGAACUUGGAGGGUAUUUCACAGGAAGAGGUAUUUCACGACUACACAGGUCAGCCGUGCCUCUCUGUGUCCACGGAUCCCGAGGCGGCGAGGGUAAACAUGUCGUACUUCGACGAGGUCCCGUACUGGAUGGAGUUGGCCUCUAUGUUGCCGAAUUUGUCCGUGACGGCGCUGGCGAGCGGGCAAAAGGCUGAGGCGUACGGCUUGCUUGAUGGGCAGUACUACGCGUUGCUGGAAAUUAUUUCAGGGAAGGACACUCAGCGCGUUUCGGAUGUGCUUGUGAAGAUGUACAACCCGUAUGAGGAUUCGCCGUACAUCGGUCCAAUGAACGCCGAGGAUAGCGCGUGGACGAGUGAGCUGCAGAGGAGGGUUCGACCGGAGAGGGAACUUCAUGUUUUUUACAUCCCUGCUCACCAUUUUGUGGCGGCGUUCUCAAUGGUGCAAAUGGGCUAUGCUGGCGGCCUUGCAGAGCCGUCGUGGCACUUCAACAGCGAAUGGGCUCAAGGCACGAAUGGCGGGGAUACGUCGUUCGUGUCAUGGCGCGAGAACCCUUUGUACAUUUUUUCGAACCCCACCGAGGACCCGGUGCAAAUCAUUGGCAUGGUUCGUCAGCCGGAUCAGCGACACCUGCUGCACACCCUACCAAACCAGGAGCUGGCGUACCCCAAGAAGGGACUUGCUGUGGCUCAGGCGAACCCCAGCGCGGCGGGUAUUCCGACGCACCUCGUCACCCUCGAUAAUCACCGCUUUAUCCACCGUGAGAUGCUGCUGCCAGUGCGAGAGGUGACUAAUGUGCUGACGAUUCCGCCGCAGUCGGUGUGCUACGUCGUCGGGUAUUGCCACAGUCGCGUCAUUAGCAAAUUUCUGCUGUCUUACUGGUUCAUGAGGGAUCAGGAUAUCGCAAAGUUGAGCAUUGAGCGCUACCGCCCAAAGGUGGCGAAGCACCAGCCGGCCAUCGCGCACGUCGACCUCUACAACCGCGCAAAGGAACGGGUCGACUUUUUGGUCGAUACGCCAACGGAGGUGCACGCGGUAUUUAAACAGGCGAAGGUCUUUCACUCUCCUCAUGGCGGCGACGUGCUAGCCGAAGACUACGUGGGUGUCUACCUCUACGACCUUCAGAACAAUCGCAUCAAGGGCAUUCAGUCCGCCAUGAACUACCGUGAGCUCAGUCUCGUAGCGCACCUCACGGAACCCGGCCACUAUGUCUUCUUCAGCACGUGUCCCCGUGGUAAUGGUGACGUACCGUGCAGAGUAGAGAUCUGUGCUGUUGAGAAGGCGCACGUCCGCAUCACGGAUCCCCCAGAGGAUGCCAUCGCCAUGAGCGAGCCGGACAUGGCCUUCCUUGACGCGUUUCCAGAGGGCAUUCCGCUAUCAGAGUUGCCCAUUGACAGCGAUCCCCAGUUCCAGGACGAUGUGACGGAACUUGGACGCCUGCUCAGUGAUCCUUCCGCGCGCGCUGAGGAGAUUGAGCAACUAAAGAAUCGAAUGAGCAAACGCGUGAGGGAAUUAGCAAAGGCGCAUUUGGCAAGGGACCGGCCGAUCUACCUGAGCGGCCGUGAUCUCAGCGUACUCAAUCCGGUGGUUGACAACGACGAGGCGUACAUGAAUGCUGAGCGCGAGCGGUACUACCUCAAGCAAGAUCUCCGCAAUCAUUACAAAUUGCUUCAGCAGGAGGAUGAGCUACGCGGCUUCGCUGACAGCGCCUUUGAGCGGCACAUCUGCACCGAUUUCUCUUUCAUUGAGGCACGCCCUGAGGGGAUUCCCCGCAACGACAUUCCACUGGCCUCAGACAAGGCAUUUGCGGAGAUGAUGCAGGAGCGUGUUGGGCUGCGACGUCGUCCCAAGGAGAAUGCCUCGGCCAUUGGUGAGAUAGAGGCUCGAAUGGGAGAGAGGGCAAGAGAGAUUGCUCGCGCGAUGCAUGAUGCGGAGCGAGUGUAUCUCAAUCUCCAGCCAACGGGCGUACCCCUAGACUUAGUGCCCCUCAAUACAGAUGCGCAGUUCGGCGCGAUGGAGGAUGAGUUAAGGGCGCUGCUCCGUUCACCCAUCACUGAUCACAGCGCCAUCACUGCACUACACGACCACUUGAACGAGCACGCUCAUAACCUGGCGCGCGAGGUAAGACGAUCAGAACGAGUGCGGUUUUUAAAAUCCGAAGACGCUGACCGAUUGUUUCCCAUUCUCGACAACGACCCAGAAUUCACCGCCAAGGAGAUCCAACGGCUUCGUGCAUUGAAAGAAAACCCAGAGAGGAACGCAACCUCAAUCGAAAAUCUUGAGAACGACCUUAACGAGCGAGCAGCGCAACUUUCUAAUAAACUCAAGCAAAGCGACCGCGCCUUCCUUAUACCAUACGGAGUAGAACUCGAUCUCAUCAGUGACACCCUGGACGGAAACUCUCGUUUUCGGCAAAAAGAAAACCACCUGCGCGAGCUGCGCGAGAACCCCCAGCACAAUUCCUCCAACAUCGAAGCACUGCAGAACGAUAUGGCGCGCGAGGCCCUCCUACUAACGACUCAGUAUAAGAGCCAGCAGCGUCCCACGUACUUGGAGGCAGAGUACGAGGGCCGGCCGAUGGAGACAUUGCCGCUGGACGACGACGCUGCGUUCCGUGACGCGGAGACUGCGUACCUGGGGAUGUGCGAGUCGGGUAAUGCUGACCCCGCCGCGCUGCAGCGGCUGGUCGGCGCGAUGAGGGAGCGUGCGACCGACAUUGCCCGCGGCAUGAACGCUGCUGACCGGCCGAAGUACCUGCCGAAGGCUGUGCGUGGUGUGCCUCUGCGGGCACUGGCGCUGGAUGACGACGAGGAAUUUCGGCACGUGGAGCAGGAGCGCGCGCGUGCGGUGUGCGCGUCCGGGCACGAGGCCGAGGCCGCCGCGCUGGAAGCGCGACUCCUUGCGCGCGCGGGGGAUCUGGCACAGGCUCAGCUUACGGGCGACCGGGGGUACCUUGAGCCGGAGCCCGCGGGGAUUCCCCUGGAGCUGGUACCGCUGGACGAGGAUGCUGAGUUCCGUACCAAGGAGGCUGAGCGCGCGGAGCUGAAAGAGAACCCGACACGCGACCUAAACGGCAUGGCGCUCAAGGAGGCGGAGCUGAACACGCGCGCUGUAGAGCUUGCGCAGCAACUGAAGGAUGGGGAGCGCGGCAAGGUUCUCGCCGAGCUCUACGAUGGUAUUCCGACGUCGGAGCUGCCGCUCGACACGGAUGCCGCUUUCCACGAGAUGGAGGUGGAUCGCCUGCGCCGCGUGCGUGCUGACCCCGAUGCGGACUGGGAGGAGACUGCGCGGCUGGAGGACGCGAUGCGGACGCGUGCGCGUGAGCUGGCUGCAUCGAUGAAGGCGAGCGAGCGCGGGUUGUUGCUGGAGAUGCAGACGCUGCUGACGGCGGACCGGAUGAAUGCGCUGCUGGACAGCGACGCGACGGCUGCUGACAUGGAGCGGAGGCUGCGCGAGCUGCGCAAGAGCCCGAACAAGAACGCCGCGGCGAUCAAGGCGCUGGAGGAGGAGAUGCGGAAGCGCGCGGAGAGGCUUGCUGGCGAGUACCUUGCCGAGGUGCGUCCCACGUACUUGGAGGCAGAGUACGAGGGCCGGCCGAUGGAGACAUUGCCGCUGGACGACGACGCUGCGUUCCGUGACGCGGAGACUGCGUACCUGGGGAUGUGCGAGUCGGGUAAUGCUGACCCCGCCGCGCUGCAGCGGCUGGUCGGCGCGAUGAGGGAGCGUGCGACCGACAUUGCCCGCGGCAUGAACGCUGCUGACCGGCCGAAGUACCUGCCGAAGGCUGUGCGUGGUGUGCCUCUGCGGGCACUGGCGCUGGAUGACGACGAGGAAUUUCGGCACGUGGAGCAGGAGCGCGCGCGCGCGGUGUGCGCGUCCGGGCACGAGGCCGAGGCCGCCGCGCUGGAAGCGCGACUCCUUGCGCGCGCGGGGGAUCUGGCACAGGCUCAGCUUACGGGCGACCGGGGGUACCUUGAGCCGGAGCCCGCGGGGAUUCCCCUGGAGCUGGUACCGCUGGACGAGGAUGCUGAGUUCCGUACCAAGGAGGCUGAGCGCGCGGAGCUGAAAGAGAACCCGACACGCGACCUAAACGGCAUGGCGCUCAAGGAGGCGGAGCUGAACACGCGCGCUGUAGAGCUUGCGCAGCGACUGAAGGAUGGGGAGCGCGGCAAGGUUCUCGCCGAGCUCUACGAUGGUAUUCCGACGUCGGAGCUGCCGCUCGACACGGAUGCCGCUUUCCACGAGAUGGAGGUGGAUCGCCUGCGCCGCGUGCGUGCUGACCCCGAUGCGGACUGGGAGGAGACUGCGCGGCUGGAGGACGCGAUGCGGACGCGUGCGCGUGAGCUGGCUGCAUCGAUGAAGGCGAGCGAGCGCGGGUUGUUGCUGGAGAUGCAGACGCUGCUGACGGCGGACCGGAUGAAUGCGCUGCUGGACAGCGACGCGACGGCUGCUGACAUGGAGCGGAGGCUGCGCGAGCUGCGCAAGAGCCCGAACAAGAACGCCGCGGCGAUCAAGGCGCUGGAGGAGGAGAUGCGGAAGCGCGCGGAGAGGCUUGCUGGCGAGUACCUUGCCGAGGUGCGCCCCACGUACUUGGAGGCAGAGUACGAGGGCCGGCCGAUGGAGACAUUGCCGCUGGACGACGACGCUGCGUUCCGUGACGCGGAGACUGCGUACCUGGGGAUGUGCGAGUCGGGUAAUGCUGACCCCGCCGCGCUGCAGCGGCUGGUCGGCGCGAUGAGGGAGCGUGCGACCGACAUUGCCCGCGGCAUGAACGCUGCUGACCGGCCGAAGUACCUGCCGAAGGCUGUGCGUGGUGUGCCUCUGCGGGCACUGGCGCUGGAUGACGACGAGGAAUUUCGGCACGUGGAGCAGGAGCGCGCGCGCGCGGUGUGCGCGUCCGGGCACGAGGCCGAGGCCGCCGCGCUGGAAGCGCGACUCCUUGCGCGCGCGGGGGAUCUGGCACAGGCUCAGCUUACGGGCGACCGGGGGUACCUUGAGCCGGAGCCCGCGGGGAUUCCCCUGGAGCUGGUACCGCUGGACGAGGAUGCUGAGUUCCGUACCAAGGAGGCUGAGCGCGCGGAGCUGAAAGAGAACCCGACACGCGACCUAAACGGCAUGGCGCUCAAGGAGGCGGAGCUGAACACGCGCGCUGUAGAGCUUGCGCAGCGACUGAAGGAUGGGGAGCGCGGCAAGGUUCUCGCCGAGCUCUACGAUGGUAUUCCGACGUCGGAGCUGCCGCUCGACACGGAUGCCGCUUUCCACGAGAUGGAGGUGGAUCGCCUGCGCCGCGUGCGUGCUGACCCCGAUGCGGACUGGGAGGAGACUGCGCGGCUGGAGGACGCGAUGCGGACGCGUGCGCGUGAGCUGGCUGCAUCGAUGAAGGCGAGCGAGCGCGGGUUGUUGCUGGAGAUGCAGACGCUGCUGACGGCGGACCGGAUGAAUGCGCUGCUGGACAGCGACGCGACGGCUGCUGACAUGGAGCGGAGGCUGCGCGAGCUGCGCAAGAGCCCGAACAAGAACGCCGCGGCGAUCAAGGCGCUGGAGGAGGAGAUGCGGAAGCGCGCGGAGAGGCUUGCUGGCGAGUACCUUGCCGAGGUGCGCCCCACGUACUUGGAGGCAGAGUACGAGGGCCGGCCGAUGGAGACAUUGCCGCUGGACGACGACGCUGCGUUCCGUGACGCGGAGACUGCGUACCUGGGGAUGUGCGAGUCGGGUAAUGCUGACCCCGCCGCGCUGCAGCGGCUGGUCGGCGCGAUGAGGGAGCGUGCGACCGACAUUGCCCGCGGCAUGAACGCUGCUGACCGGCCGAAGUACCUGCCGAAGGCUGUGCGUGGUGUGCCUCUGCGGGCACUGGCGCUGGAUGACGACGAGGAAUUUCGGCACGUGGAGCAGGAGCGCGCGCGUGCGGUGUGCGCGUCCGGGCACGAGGCCGAGGCCGCCGCGCUGGAAGCGCGACUCCUUGCGCGCGCUGUAGAACUUGCAAGCUUACAUCUUUGUGGCGAUAGGGCAUUUCUGGAUCAAAAUCCUGAAGGGAUUCCGCUUGCUGCGCUUAAGCUUGACGAUGAUGAUUUGUUUCGUGCUAAAGAGGAGCAGAGGGCAAGUCUACUGGGCGAUGGUCUGACAGAGGCAAACAGGUUUGCUAUAGCGGUCUUUGAGGAGAGCAUGAAUCAGCAGGUGCACGAUAUGGCAAAGAGGCUGAAGGCGUUGCUUAUUGGUCAGCAUGUUCCAGAGCAGGUUCGUGGAAUACCGCGCGAGGUGAUACCACUGUUGGCAGAUGAAAGGAGUUCAGAAAUCAUUGCGGAGCUGACUCUCUGUGCCUCAGGCCCUGCUUUGGUGAAGCAAGUCGCCUUGUUAAAGGCUCGUGCGGAGGAGCUGGUGGAUGCCGGUAUUGAGGGAAUUCGAUCUCGACUUGAUGUGGCGCCGGUGCACGUCCAAUUGUCUUACCUACCCCUUGACGAGGAUGAAUCUUUCAAGACGCUGGAGAUUGAGGCACUCGUGGAAGUGCAGAAGCCAAAGCCGGAUGCGGCCACAGUGCAAGAUUUGAUCGGUGCGCUAAACUGCCGCGCGCGCGAGUUGGCCGAGCAGCUCUGCUGGGAAGAGAGGAAGGCUCUCAUGGACUCCAAUCCGGAGGGGCGCGCGCUGCGUUCUCUACCACUUAAUACCGACACAAUUUUUCUUUCUGCUGAGGCGAAGCAUCGUGCAGAGGCCAAGGUGGAAAGUUCAGAUGUGGCAGCACUACGUGUCUUGAUGGAGGAAAUGGCGGCGCGAGCACAGCAGCUGGCUUUGGAGGCUAACCGCAAGGAUCGUGUUUCCUUCGUCUCCGCAGUUGUGCGGGGCGUUGCCCUGCACGAUCUUCCCCUGGACGACGAUGACGCGUUUCGCGAGCUAGAGCGAAAACGUGCCAUGGCCCUGCAGGACCCGAAGCAGUCGGCCGCGACGGUGCCCGCUAUAGAGGAAGCACUGCGCUCCCGUGCCGACGCUCUCGCUACGAGUGUGCUGAGGAAUGACCGUACCUUCUUGGACAGUCGUCCAGAGGGAGUGCCGCUUCGGCAGGUGCCGAUUGACUCUGAUCGCAGGUUCCAGCAACUGGAAGAGCAGCGGGCGCAGCUCCGAACCUCUUUUCGUGAGGCAGGCGCAGACUUUUCGACAGGGGAGGUAAAGGCGAUCGAGAGGAUGAUGAACGAGCGUGUGCAUGAGAUGGCCAAUGGAGUGAAGCCACUACUUCGCAAUCAACUCGCGCAAACGGUGCUUGGAAUUUCUCUCAAGGACUUGCCGCUAGACACGGACGCAGUGUUCAGCGAGACGGAAGAGAGGUGCCGCGACGCUGAGGCGGCGGGCGAUGACAAAGCUGCAACUGCCCUGAAGAGUGACCUCAACGCUCGCGCUACAACGCUGGCUGAGGCUAUGCAUAAGGCAGAGCGCGCCGCGCUGUGGCAGGUUCCAGAAGGCGUACCGCUGGAGGCACUGCCGCUCAACUCUGACGAUGUUUUCUUGGACCUGGAGAGAGAAGCACGUCUCAUUCGUCACAUCGCUGCUGCUGUUCCGAGUCGGCACCAACGCAGUAGCGAUGUGACGAAGCUGGCGGCACUCAUAGCGGAGCUCAACCGACGCGCGUGUAUCCUGGCCAAUGAGUCACGCCUGGCUUACUGCGACGCGGAGCCAGAGGGCAUCCCGUUGGAGACGCUGCAGCUGGCCAGUCAACCAGAGUUUAUCGGUAAGGAAGAGGAGCGUCGGCAUCUCGUCAAGACGCACGGCGUUGACAGUGACCCGGUCCGUUCCUGCAACGCCGAGCUUAGAAAGAUGGCGUACACCAUUGCGCGCAGCCGGGUGCAGGGCGACCGAGGCUUCCUCGACAGCGAUCCGGAAGGAGUGCCGCUGAGCGUGCUGCCACUAGACGAGGACGCCGCAUUCCAUUCGAUGGAAGUUGAGCGUGCAAGGCUAAAGGCGCAGAACACUAGCGCAGCCGCCUCCAAGGCAAAGGCGUUGGAGGAAAAGCUGAACGAGCGGGUGCAUGAUCUAGCGCGACUCCAGAAGGAGGAAGACCUGCGCGGAAUUGAUCCGGCGCCGCACGGCAUUCCGCUUGCUGUGCUUCAGCCUCACUCUGACGGCACCUUUGCUAGCAUGGUUGAUCUUCUCCGGGCCCUAAAACUUGAGAGCCCUGCCGCGAACGCUGAUAAGAUUUGUGGUCUUCAGGCUGAUAUGAAUGGGCGCUGUCUUGCUCUGGCGAAGAGCCGCGUUGCCGACGACCGCGCCUUCCUCGACGCGGAUCCGGAAGGCGUCCCAUUGGUGCUGCUACCGCUCGAUAUGGACGCGGCUUUCCAAGAGCUGGAAACCCAGCGUGCGAACCUGAAGUCUCUUGACCCUAUUCGAAACGCUGCCGCAGUGAAGGAGCUGGAAGAUAGGUUGAACGAGAGGGCCCAUGAGCUGGCCAUGGACCACAUUACGCAGGAGCUGGAUGGUCUGACUCCUGAGCCAUUUGACGUCCCGCUGGAGGUGCUGCGCCCGUAUGAAGACCCGAGCUUCAAACAAGCCGUUGCGGCGCUGCGCCAGCUGCACACAACGAACAAGGCAGACCCCACCGUAGCAUCAAUCAAGGCGGCUAUGGAGGAGCGAUGCCAGACCAUGGCACAUGAUCUGCUGGAGAAGGACCGCGGCUACCUUCACGAUAGGCCCAAGAACGUGUCGCUCUCAUUGCUGCCUCUCAACUCUGACGAGGCUUUUCACGCUGGAGAGGUGCGACGCGCGCUCCUAAAGGCCGAGAACGCGCGCCGAAACGCGGACAAAAUUACGGAGCUUGAGGGGCAGCUGAAUCUGCGCGCGAUGGAGCUCGCGGAGCUGCGCCGGACGCAGGAUAUGGUCGGCCUCGACGCGGAGCCGGCGGGUGUGCCUCUAAGGGUAAUUGAUCCGCACGCCGACGCUGCCUUCGCCGCGCUUGUGGAGAAGCGGCGAGCACUGGAGGUGGAGCAGCCCGCGUCGAAGACGCCAUCACCGCAGCUCGCACAAGUUGUAAGCGCCAUGAACUGUCGCGCGCAUGAGCUAGCGAAGGGCAUACUGGAGGGCGAUCGCCGCUAUCUGGACCAGGACCCUGAAGGUGUCCCGCUGGAGGUGCUCCCUUUCGAUACGGACAAGGUAUUUCAUGCGAUGGAGGUAGAGCGGGCUGCCAUGAAGGCGGCUGAUCCGAAGCGCAAUGCCGGCAGGAUCAGAGAACUGGAAGAAAAGCUCAACGACCGCGCUCACGAGCUGGCACAAGUACAGAAAGAUGAGGAACUUUGUGGCCUCGAUCCUACCCCACGUGGCAUUUCCCUCAAGUUGCUGAGGCCACACGAGGAUCCGCUCUUUUCAGAGUUGGUGAAGCAGAUGCGGGUGAUGAAGAAGAACCCUCCUCGCGACGAUCAGGAGAUGGUGCGCCAUCUGGAAGAAAUGAAUGCGCGGGCGGCUGCGCUGGCUGAUAAGGUGAUGGAUCGCGGCUACCUCGAUCCGAAUCCGGAGGGCGUGCUUCUGCAGGAGCUGCCGCUCGAGACGGAUGACAAGUUCCGCUCAAUGGAGAUGGAACGGGCGAGGCUGAAGCUGACGGAUCCACGUGGCCAGUCCGCCAUGAUCAGUAGCCUCGAGAGCGCUCUGAAUCAACGAGCAGAGGAGCUGGCAAAACGCCAGUGCGUUGCCGAUCUCGCCUCCGUCGAGGAUGCUCCGCUGGAGGUUGCGAAAGAGCUACUGCGUCUGCAUAGCGACGCUGAAGGUGCCACGCUCAUCGAAGACCUGCGCCAACUUCGCAAGAACCCUGGGCGCAACGCUGGUGUCCUUCGCCAGAAGGAGGCAGCGCUCAAUGACCGCGCCUUCGAAGUGGCGAGGAAGCUGCUCGUGGGUGAUCGGGCCAACUACAUCGACCCACGACCGCGCAACAUACCACUGGAAGACCUUCCCCUGGAGAAGGAUGAGAUGUUUCACGCCUUGGAGGUGGAGCGGGUCGUGCUGAAGCUUACCGACCCGAUCCACAAUGCCGCUGCUGUGCGCAAUACGGAGAGCACACUGAACGACCGUGCCUAUCAGCUGGCAGAGCUGGUGAUGAAGGAAGACCUUGCUGGCUUUCCGCCUAGCUACCAUGGCAUCCUCACGAAAGAUCUGAACCCGCACUCUGAUCGCAUCUUCAGUGAGACUGCCGAGAAGCGGCGCUUUCGCAUACGCGUGCCGACCGUCACCUUUAAGGAGGAUCUUGAGCAGAUCAUGGAUGAUCGACUGAGCGAAUUGGCCCGGGAGCGGAAGGACGGUGAGCUGUACUUCAUGAACCCCAGCCCAGAAGGGGUACUGCUAGCAGACCUCCCACUCAGCACCGACACACUCUUCAACAACAUGUGCCAGGAACGACAGCAACUCAAAGAGAAGGACGCGAUGGAAAACCGGAAGGCUGUCGUUACGUUAGAGGAUGAGAUGAACAAGCGCGCCGCCGUGCUUGCCCGCAGUGUGCUGAACAGCGACUUUGACGGCGUAGACAAGGCUCCACUAGGCAUUCCGCUGGACCUGCUGAGGCCGCGUCAAAACGCGGAAGUAGCGCGGUUAAUUCCAGAGCUGCGACGGUGCAAGCGCGCUGCACAGCUAAAGAAUAAGGUUGCGGGGCUACAGGCAAAGAUGAACGAGUGUGUGCGCGUCCUCGCUGCUGCAGCGCUGGAGGAGGGGCGCGACAAGUACCUAGACGCCCACCCUGAAGGUGUGCCGCUUGAGCUACUGCCGCUGCGCACCGACGACGUGUUUCAUGACAAGGAGGCGCAGCGGGCAACCCUGCGUCUGCAGGACCCCGUCAAGCACGCUGGUGCCAUCACACAGCUCGAGAGCCAGCUAAACGCACAGGCGCACAAGCUGGCGCUACGACAGAAGGAGGAGGACCUUGUCGGCGUCGACCUCGCCCCGCGCGGCAUUCCUCUUGCCUUUCUGCAUCCUCACGAGGAUGCCAAAAUGAUGGGCUUCAUCAAGGACGUUCGGGUGCUCAAGACUGAUCCGCUGCACAACAAGGAUAAUAUACGGUGGCAACAGCAGCAGAUGAAUGAGCGGGCUCACGAACUGGCGACCUUGGCCCUGAACGGCGACCGUGAGUAUUUGAGGCCGAACCCACUCGGCGUGUCGCUGACUGUGCUUCCACUCGACGAGGAUCCGGCCUUCCACGAGGCGGAGGUGGCACGCGUGGUGGCAAAACGGCAACCCCAUCCUAACAGCAAGGCGAUCGCACUAUUGGAGCAGCAGCUGAAUGCGCGAGCAGAGGAGCUGGCGGCGGCGCAGCUGCAGUGCGAUGUGGAGGGGCUGGAGCAGGCCCCACUGGGCGUGCCACUCUCGCUACUGAAGCCCCACGCAGAUAGCACAUUUGCGGAGCUGCUGCCGGAGCUGCGCCGUCUCGAGAAGGAUCCUGCCAGGAACGCGACAAAGCUGAAGCAGCUUCGUGCUGCAGCAAACGAGUGUAACUACGAGCUCGCAGAGGCGUUCUUGGCGAAGGAUCGCUCCACGUACAUGGGUGCAGAGCCAGAAGGCGUGCCGCUGCACCUACUAAAGCUCACGGCAGACGAUGAGUUCAAGGCGCUCGAGAACAAGCGACUGCAACUGCACUCGAUGCAGCAAGCGGGGCGCACCGUUAAUGCAAAGGACUUCUCUGCGCUUGAUGCGCUACUAAAGGAGCGGGCGCACGAAGUGGCGAAGCAGCUGCUGCGCAAGGACCGGGGCUAUCUUGACCCGUUCCCAGAAGGGGUAGCGCUGGACAUUCUUCCCCUCGACAGCGAUCCAGCCUUUCGGAGACUGGAGACCACCCGGGCUGCAGCCAAGUAUCGUAACACCAUCACCCAGGCGAAUGACCUGGAGGACCAGCUUAACGCUCGCGCACGCGAGUUAGCGCUCGCACAGAAAGAGGAGGAUCUGCGCGGCCUGGAUCAACACCCACACGACCUGCCGCUGACGCUGCUGCAGCCUCACCAGGAUGCCCAGUUUGAGCAGCUGGUAGAUGAGCUACGGCGACUGAAGGCAUCACACGGCGAUCAACGCAAGGCAGUCAAGGAAGUGCAGGAUCGCCUGAACAACCGAAGCUACGCGAUGGCGGACCGGGUCACGAAGGGGGACCGCCGCUACUUGCAUCCGAAGCCGGAGAAUGUGCCACUUAGCCGCCUGCCGCUUGGCACGGAUGCCACCUUUCAUGCUCUUGAGAUAGAGCGGGCAAUGCUGAAGCUAAAGGAGCCCAGGAAGAACCAGCACCGAAUAGCCGACAUGGAGGAUCAGCUGAACAGCCGUGCUGCGGAGCUGGCCAAGGCUGUGAAGAUGGAAGACCUGAAGUCGCUGGCGCAGACCCCGCGUGGUAUCCCCGUUGAGCUCCUGAAACUGCACGAAGACCCGAAAUUUAGUGCUCUGAUUGCGGAGAAGGAGCAGCUUCCCAAGGGUCGCAGCGGAGAGGUGACCGCCACGCUGCUCAACUCUAUGAACGAGUGUGCACUAGAGGUGGCCGACAAGCUGCUCCGUGGAGACCGCGGCUACCUCAAUCGAGAGCUGGAGGGUGCGCUACUUCCGUGUCUUCCGCUUGACACCGACAUGGCCUUCCAUGAGAUGGAGGUGGAGCGGGCAAAGCUGAAGGUGCGCGAUCCUGUCAAAAAUGCCUCCGUCAUCGACGACCUCGAGGACCAACUGACCAAACGCGCGCACGAGCUGAUGAGUGCGGUACUCGUGAUGGAUCGUGAUUACCUCAACCCAAGUCCAGAAGGUGUGCCAAUCGAGGAGCUGCUGCUCGAUACGGACAGCAAAUUUCAUUCCAUGGAGGUGGAGCGGGCGAAGCUGAAGGUGCGUGACCUGCAGGGGAAUGCAGCGCGCAUUAAGGACUUGGAGGGGUAUCUAAAUGACCACGCAGCAGGCCUGGCAAAGCAGCAGCUGGAGGAAGACCUGAAAGGGCUGGAUCGGGAGCCGGAGGGCUACCCACUCAAGUGCCUGCGGCCUCACAGCGAUGCCGCCUUUGCGGCGGUGGUGGUGUCGCUGCGGCGGGCAAAGAUGGAGCCACUUGGAAACGUGGCGAAGGUGCAUGAAGCGCAAGCAACGCUCAAUGCCCGCGCGCACGAGCUCGCCAGGGAGCGCAUUGCGGCGGAUCGCGCUCGGCUGAACCAGGAGCCGGAAAAGGUGCCAUUGGCGUUACUGCCACUGGAGAAAGACGCGCAGUUUGCGGCGGUGGAAAAGGAGUUGCGGAUGCUGAAGGCUGCGGAUAAGCCGAACCUGAAGGCGAUCACCGAGGUGGAGGGACAGAUGAACGACCGUGCACACGUGCUGGCUAGGGCGUACCUCAAGCAGAGCCGCGACUUCCUGGAUCAGGAGCCGGAAGGCGUAGCGCUUGACUAUGUGCCACUCGACAAAGACACUCAUUUCUGCGCGCUCGAGAGAGACCGUCUUUGCUUGCUAGCGAAAGGCGCGUCACUGUCGUCAGCGCAAGUGCGCGCGAUGGAGGAGCGGCUAAACGACCGCGCCCACGAACUCGCUGCCAAGGUGAAGACGAAAGGUCGCGACUUUCUGCGUAGCCAGUCGUCCGAUAUUCCGAAGGAGCUGCUGGCCCUCGACGCGGACAAGGUCUUUGUGGCGAAGGAGAAGGAACUUCGGAAGCACCAGCAGCAACUAGAUGGCCCUCACUCCCUUAACACUGUCGCCAACCUGCGCCGCGAGCUGCAGCAGCGGGCUGAUGAGGUGAGCGAGGCACAGCUGAAGGGUGAUCGUGGCAAGUAUCUCGACUUGCAACCUGAAGGUGUGGACCUGUGCGACAUCCCCCUCGACACUGACCACAUUUACCAUGGAAUGGAGGUGGAGCGAGCAAUCCUGCUGGCUGAUGACGCGACUGGUCGAAAGCCCACAGUGGCAGAGCUGGAGAAGAAGCUGAACACACGCGCCCACGAGUUGGCGCAUCAAAUCAUUGUGAGUGAUCGCUACUACUUGCCGGAAGAGGUGUAUGGCAUACCGGUGGAGGAGCUGCCACUGGCCACGGACAGCAAGUUCAACAAGUUGGAGCGGCAGCGGCGUGUUCACAAGCGUUCAUCGAACAUGAGAAAAGAGGUGGCGGCUGACGAGGAGGAGCUACGCUGUCACGCGCAGGAGCUAGCGAAGGAGGUCAUUGCGCUGGAUUUGGAGCCCAUCAAGGCGUCCUACCGUGGGAUCCCGAAGGUAGAACUAAACCUGCACGCUGACUCUGCGUUUCGCGAGCUGGCGAAGAAGCGUCGCCGGCUGCGUGGAAAGGGGCGCGUCGAGGCGACGGAGAUGACUGCCAUCGAGGAUGAGAUGGACCGCCGCGCCUGCGAGAUUGCCGACGACGUGAUCAACAACGAGCGCGCCUUCCUGGACCCUGAGCCGGAGGGCAUGUACUUGAUCGAUGUCCCGCUCGAUGACGACCAAGCGUUUCAGCAGCUGGAGCAGGAGUACCGCCGGCGCCGCAGGGACCCGCGGACGGCGAAGCAGAACGGGAGUGUGCUGCGCGAGCUGGCCGAGGAAAUGAACCAGCGCUCCCACACCCUGGCGCGGGCCACCUUCGCGAAGACCCGCGGCUUUAUGAAACAGGAACCAGAGGGCAUCCCGCUGGUGGAGCUCGGUCUCGACGAAGACCCAGAGUUCAAGGAAGCGGAAAUUGCGCGCUACCGCACGAACCGCAGUGUCGUCCCUAACGCAGCCACAGUGGCGGAGAUGGAGGUACGCAUGGACGGCAGGGCGAGGGAACUGGCGCGGGCUACUCUGGCAGCCGACCGCGCCUUCCUCGACCCCAAACCGGAAGGUGUGUCGCUGGAGGUGCUUCCGCUGGACUCGGACAUGGAGUUCAGCGAUCUGGCGCGAGAGCGGCGCCGUCGCAAGAAAAUACUGAAGGGAGGCGUGGGUGAAGCUGAGGUCAGGGCCGUUGAGGAGAAGAUGAACGCCCGCUCACACGAGAUGGCCAAGGAGUUCCUAGAGAUGGAGCGCGCCUUUCUGUCGCGCGAGCCAGAGGGUGUGCCGCUAGCUGAUUUGCCCCUGAACGCCGACCCGCUGUUCCGCACAAUGGAGAAUGAGCGACUUCGGCUAAAACGCGACCCCCUCGUCAACACCGCAAUGCUAGCGGCAAAAGAGGCGGAUCUGGAGCACAGGGCGCACGUGAUUGCCAAGGAUCUGCUUCGGAAGGAGCGCGCGUUUCUCGAUCCGGAGCCGCUCAGCGUGCCGCUAGAGGAACUGCCACUGAAUUAUGAUGACGUCCUUAAUCCUGUCGAGCGUAAGCGCCGCGUCCUACGGAUGCACCCCAAGCGUAACCAUGCAGCUAUCCGCACCUGCGAGGAACAGAUGGCAGAUCGCGUUGGGCAGAUCGCGGUGAAUUUUGUCUACUAA